UCAAGUGUGUGACUCUGAAGGUUGGGCUCCUGAAGGGCUGGGACUGGUGCUCCAGCCAGAGAGGAGGAGGACGCCCUCCCGUUGGCUGUCAUUCCCCGUCCCUGGGAUGCUUGGAGGCGGUAGCAGCCCAGCCUCCCUCCCUAGUGCCCCACCAGCAUGAGAGGCUCAAGGAGCGCUGACUCCAGGUUGGUCCGAGAGCCUGCACCAGGAGGGAGCAGAAUGUUGAUAAAAGCCCCAGAUACAAAAGGGCAGUAAUGUGGCAGAAUCCUCUCUAGUCUUCGUGUCUGUACCAAGGAGUCCCAGACAGCUGCGUGUCCUGUUUGGAACCAGGAAUUCAGGAAGAAUAGCCAACAUUCCUUGCAUCUUAUCUGAUUCACCUCUUCCGUCAGCGUUGUAUUGACACAAGUUAUUUAGAAGAACAGCAACACCAUUUGCAUAGUCAGUAUUCCUCUUUGGCCAUCUUCUUGUCUGAGUUUCCAAAGGAAUGUUAGCUUAAGGUCCCGCCUGGACUCCGGCAGAUAUAAUCAGAUAAAUGAAAAAUGCCAAAGGAAGAGAAAUGGUAUUUUAGCAAAGCUGUGCAAGAGAAAUAGUGCCACUUUCAAGCCCCAUUUUCUAUAGCUUCUAAUGGAGCCUGCUCAGAAAGGACAUCAGCUUUUCUGGGGCUUGCUUCAGUAGAAGGAUUGAGACUGAUGCCAUUUGUUUCAGUGAAAGCAACAGUGUGAAUAAGACUUCAUGUGUCUGCAGACCAUAGCUGGCCGCUGGAAUGGCGCUCUCAGUGGACUCCUCUUGGCCCAGGUGGCAGUGGCGAAUCAGAGACGGCCUCCUCCAGUCUCCAUCAGAAGCCACUCCAUUGCUGUCCCAAGAGAAGGGGAGGCAGAGCUACAACCUGAUGCGGCAGCGGGUCGUGUUCCCCAACAACAGCAUAUGCCACAGGGAUUGGGCAAAGAUCUCCAGGAGAUACCCUGGGAACAGAAUCUGCACAACCAAAUAUACCCUCCUCACCUUCCUGCCCCAGAAUCUCUUUGAGCAGUUCCACAGAUGGGCCAACCUCUAUUUCCUGUUCUUGGUCAUUCUGAACUGGAUACCCUCCAUGGAAGUUUUCCACAGGGAAAUCACCAUGUUACCAUUGGCCAUUGUGCUGUUCACCAUCAUGGUCAAGGACGGCAUGGAGGACUUUAGGAAACACCGCUUUGACAGAGAGAUAAACUGCUCCAACAUCCAGAUAUAUGAGAGAAAGGAGCAGAGCUACGUGCAGAAGUGCUGGAAGGAUGUGCGUGUGGGAGACUUCAUUCAAAUGCAGUGCAACGAGAUCAUCCCCGCAGACAUACUCCUCCUCUUUUCCUCAGACCCCAGUGGGAUUUGCCACCUGGAAACUGCCAACUUGGAUGGAGAGACAAACCUCAAGCAAAGACGUGUCGUGAAGGGCUUCUCACAGCAGGAUGUACAGUUUGAACCGGAAUGUUUCUGCAACACCAUCGUGUGUGAGAAACCCAACAACCACCUCAACAAAUUUAAAGGAUAUAUGGAGCAUCCAGACCAGACCAGGACCGGCUUCAGCAGUGAGAGUCUUCUGCUUCGAGGCUGCACCAUCAGAAACACUGAGGUGGCUGUUGGCAUUGUCAUCUAUGCAGGCCAUGAGACAAAAGCCAUGCUGAACAACAGUGGCCCACGGUACAAACGCAGCAAGAUCGAACGGCGCAUGAACACAGACAUCUUCUUCUGCAUCGGGCUCCUAUUCUUCAUGUGCCUCAUUGGAGCUAUAGGUCACAGCCUCUGGAAUGGGACAUUUGAAGAACACCCUCCCUUUGAUGUGCCAGAUGCCGAGGGCAGCUUCCUGCCCCUUGCCCUUGGGGGCUUCUACAUGUUCCUCACAAUGAUUAUCCUGCUCCAGGUGCUGAUCCCAAUCUCCCUAUACGUGUCCAUUGAGCUGGUGAAGCUUGGGCAGGUCUUCUUCCUGCACAAUGACCUUGACCUGUACGAUGAAGAGUCAGAUUUGUCCAUUCAGUGUCGAGCUCUCAACAUCACUGAGGACCUGGGCCAGAUCCAGUACAUCUUCUCCGACAAGACAGGGACCCUGACUGAGAACAAGAUGGUGUUCCGGCGCUGCACCAUCAUGGGCAGCGAGUAUUCGCACCAAGAGAAUGCCAAGCGACUGGAGACCCCAAAGGAGCUGGACUCAGACAGUGAGGAGUGGACCCAACAGCAGUUCCUGUCCUUCCCAGCCAGAUGGUCCCAGGGCCUAGCAACAAGGAGGAGCCAGGGAGGGGCCCACCCCCUGAGGAGAUGCCAGAGUGCCCGGCUACCCAUCCAGGGCCACUGCCGACAGCGGUCCGUGGGGCGCUGUGACAGCUCACCACCUCCUGUGGCCUUCAGCAGCUCCAUUGAAAAAGAUGUGACUCCAGACAAAAAUCUGCUGACCAAGGUGCAAGAUGCUGCCCUGUGGCUGGAGAACUUGUCAGACACCAGACCUGCCGAGCCUUCCCUGUCUGCCGCCUCCUCCAUUGCUGACUUCUUCCUUGCCCUAACCAUCUGCAACUCUGUCGUGGUCUCCACGACCACUGAGCCUAGGCAGAGGGUCACCAUGCCACCCUCAACCAAGACUCUGGGGACGUCCCUGGAGAAGAUUCAGCAGCUCUUCCACAAGCUGAAGCUUUCGAGCCUCAGCCACUCAUUCUCAUCCACUGCGCCCUCCGAUGCCGACCUGGGGGAGAGCGUAGGGACCAACAUGCCUACCACAGACUCCGAAGAGAAAGAUGAUGUGUCUGUGAGCAGUGACGGUUACUCCACCGAUGGCGGCUACAGGAGCAGCACGUGGGACCAGGGAGACAGCCUGAGGUCUGGGUCGGACGCUUCCUCGGAGGAAGUGCUGGAGGCCCCAGGCUUCGGCCUGGCCAGCCCCGAACUCUGCUACGAGGCCGAGAGCCCCGAUGAGGCGGCGCUGGUGCACGCUGCCCAGGCCUACAGCUUCACACUGCUGUCCCGGACGCCUGAGCAGGUGACCGUGCGCCUGCCCCGGGGCACCUGCCUCACCUUCGAUGUCCUCUGCACGCUGGGCUUUGACUCUGUUAGGAAGAGAAUGUCCGUGGUUGUGAGGCACCCUCUGACCGGUGAGAUCAUCGUAUACACCAAGGGUGCUGACUCGGUUAUCAUGGACCUGCUGGAAGACCCGGCGUGCGCAACUGACACUGAUGUGGAAAAGGAGUUGAGGAAAAUCCAGGCCAGGACCCAGAAGCAUCUAGAUUUGUAUGCAAGAGAUGGCCUUCGAACACUGUGCAUCGCCAAGAAGGUCAUAAGUGAAGAGAACUUCCAGCGAUGGGCCGGUUUCUGGCGUGAGGCUGAGGCAUCCCUCGAGAACCGAGAUGAGCUUCUAAUGCAGACGGCACAGCAUCUGGAGAAUCAACUCACCUUACUCGGAGCUACUGGGAUCGAAGACCGGCUGCAGGAAGGAGUUCCAGACACAAUCUCUGCUCUGCGGGAGGCUGGGAUCCAACUCUGGGUCUUGACUGGAGAUAAGCAGGAGACAGCGGUCAACAUCGCCUAUUCCUGCAGACUGCUAGAUCAGACAGGCACUGUUUAUUCCAUUAACACAGAAAAUCAGGAAACCUGUGAAUCCACCCUCAACAGUGCAUUGGAAGAAGUAAAGCAAUUUCAUGGACCACAGAAGCCAGACCACAAGCUCUUUGGGUUCCAUCUACCUUUUAAGACAACACCUCCCGCCUCAGGAGCUGCAGCUCCAGAAGUUGGAUUGGUCAUCGAUGGGAAGACGCUGAGUGCCAUCUUCCAGGGAAAGCUGGAGAAGAAAUUUCUGGAGUUGACUCAGUACUGCCAGUCUGUCCUAUGCUGCCGCUCCACCCCCCUCCAGAAAAGCAUGAUAGUCAAGCUGGUGCGAGACAAGCUGAGCGUCAUGACCCUUUCCAUAGGAGAUGGAGCAAAUGACGUGAGCAUGAUUCAAGCUGCUGAUAUUGGAGUUGGAAUAUCUGGACAGGAAGGCAUGCAGGCCGUCAUGUCCAGCGACUUCGCCAUCUCCCGCUUCAGGCACCUCAAGAAGCUGCUGCUCGUGCACGGCCACUGGUGUUACUCGCGCCUGGCCAGGAUGGCGGUGUACUACUUCUACAAAAAUGUGUGCUACGUCAACCUGCUCUUCUGGUACCAGUUCUUCUGUGGUUUCUCCGGCUCCACCAUGAUCGACUACUGGCAGAUGAUAUUCUUCAACCUCUUCUUCACCUCCUUACCUCCUCUUGUCUUCGGAAUCCUCGAUAAAGACAUCUCUGCAGAAACACUCCUGGCAUUGCCUGAGCUAUACAAGAGCGGCCAGAACUCCGAGUGCUAUAACCUGUUGACUUUCUGGAUUUCCAUAGUGGAUGCAUUCUACCAGAGCUUCGUCUGUUUCUUUAUCCCUUACCUGACCUACAAAGACUCUGACAUUGAUGUCUUUACCUUUGGGACACCCAUUAACACCAUCUCCCUCAUCACAAUCCUCUUGCAUCAAGCAAUGGAAAUGAAAACCUGGACCGUUAUCCAUGGGCUUGUUCUUGCAGGCAGCUUCCUGAUGUACUUCGUGGUGUCCCUCAUAUACAAUGCCACCUGUGUCACCUGCAACAGCCCCACCAACCCCUACUGGGUGAUGGAAGGCCAGCUCUCCGACCCCACUUUCUACCUCAUCUGCUUCCUCACACCGGCUGCAGCUCUUCUCCCAAGGUACUUUUUCUUGUCGCUACAAGGGACUUACAGAAAGUCUCUGAUCUCCAAAGCCCAGAAAAUUGACAAACUCCCCAUGGACAAAAGAGACCUAGAAAUCCAGAGCUGGAAAAGCAGACAGAGGCCUGCCCCUGUCCCUGGAGGAGCUCAGCCCUCACACCGCCCUGUAACACCUGUCCCAGAACAGGACUUGGGAGCCAGCAGUCCAGGGAGCUCUAGCCCUCCCAAACGGGAGCGCAAGGAGGACCGGGUGCUGCAUGGAGAGAGAGACAGCAGAGACCAUGCGAGGGGUGAGCCACACUCAGGGGACCCCUCAGCUAAACUCUCGUCUGGCGCGCACCUUCUGGGGCCCAGUAGGACGACAGCUUCUGGAGCCUACUCAGGCAGACAGACUGAUGCACACUGGCCCUCAAGCAGGGGCAGUCAUCGCCGAUCCCAGAGCUCACUGACCAUAUGAGGGGACUGCAGAAAUCUGUACACAUUCAGAGAAGGCCACCCAAUCACUGGCCUAAUGAACCCAUGACUCUUCUUCUUCAUGGAGGAAAGAAUUUGCCAGUCAUUCUUUUUUCCCCACCAGGCUUGACUUCCUUAGAGCAGGUGCUGGCCCCAAGGGGUUUGACAAAAAAGGACUGGGAACCAGUCAACCUCUAGUUUUCUCCUGCUGCCAGGCAGCACCUCUUGAAAACAUAACUUUUGCAAGGAGGCUAUGUUUCUACUGCCAUGAGUUUUCAAAAUUUUUAGUCCAAAGACACUCUUCAGACCCUCUAGAUCAGUACAGCCUGCAGCCCAACACAAGUGGGCCAUAAAUGUCCAAGAUCCCAAGAAGUGUAUGAAUGCAGGCAAUCUCUCAGGGUACAAGUUUUUCCGGACUUGUCAAAUCAUUGCCUCCCCUCUCAGUGCCAGGAGUUAAAGUAUCAGAAGAGAGCCAGACACAAAGGUGCUUCAUAUCAAGUGGAUUGCAGCAGUGGCCACAUCGUGGUCAACAACCCUCCCAUUCACAGACAACUGGGUCGCUUUCGGUCUCUAAGCCAAAGAAAAACCAAAUCUAAAGAUUAAAACUAGAUUGAAACCCAGAGCCACAGACACUUCUGAGGGUUUGUAGGGUCACAGCUAGGGUAAGAGGCAGAAAGAACACAAGCAUGCUAAAGGGAACUGGUGCGCCAGAAAAACCCCUGCUUUAACCCCCACAGGCUGGAGACUCUACAAGAGGACGUGGGCAGCACUCCUUUUUUUAAGCUAUUUAUUCACUUUUAAAUAAAAGGACCCAUCCUCAUUCAGCUCUCAGAACAGGAGAACUCUAAAAUCAGUGGAUCUUAGUACACAUGCACCCAGAAUAGACCCAUAUGAUAGAGCAACUCGGAGCCCAAACAAUGGUUUCUUAAGGGGUACAGUCAGUGUUAAACCCUGUUCAUUAAGCUGAUCCCAGAAGAUCUCCAUCUGGAAAACACUGGGACCUGCUUCAGUACAAUUAGGGAGAGUGAGAGGAAGUCUCAUGUCACAAGGAAAUGGAUUAUGUAAACUUAUCCUGGAGGUCACGACUCCAAAAAUGUGAAAGAAUGGCAAACAGUGUUGAAAAAAAGCAUGGGUAAUAGAAUUCUAAAAAGCUAUCUGGAAGUUAUGUCCACCAUGGGCAAAGAUAGCCUAUUCUUACUCUUUUAAAAUAAGGCAGGGUGGCUACAGAACACCCACCCUCCUGAAGGUGGUGCCUAUAUAUUAGGCAAAAUCCCUAUAUGUUAGGGACGGAUGCACAAGUGUGACAAGUCUUUGAGCCCAAGAGUCAUAGACACCCCAUGAAUUGACUUAUCACUUGAGUAACUUCUCAGCAAAGAUGCUCAAAAGACCUCGACCAUUAAGAUGAUAAGUGGCAGACCGAGCUCAUCCUCUGACCAACCUGCUACCAAACCUGAACCCAAGAGGCAACUCAGGGCAUCGUCCUGCAGCCGACACACUGGGUGUCCCACCGACUCUGCCACAUAAUGAUGCCAGCACUGGCCAGCUGGCGGGUAUUCAUGGGAGUCCUACUUGAGGACUGUAAAGGAGGAGCAGGUAAACAUGCCAGACAAAGCAGUAAUGAACUGUCCUGAAUGAGGGGAUCAAGCCCAAACUAGAAUCUCAGGGUCCUCUCUAUCCCAGUAAGAUUCCUGCCCACUCCCAAAAGCCAGCUGAGACAUGUAGAAGGGUUCAGGGAAACCUAUAGUGGAAAGGACACUGGCCUCAGGAGGGGCCUGAAGCAGGUGUCACACCUGCAAAUUAGGCAAGAAGUACCCUCCUUCCCAGGCAUGGCAUAAGGUUCAAGUCAAGUCAAGCUUACAUGACGGAUGCGAAACCCUUUGAAAGUGGUAGCACCCUUACUAACACAGGGAUUUUUAUUUCAGAUCCAAUAGGAAACAAGGUGGGGGGAAGUCGAGAUAACGUCUGACCCCUGUACGUAAAUGCCAGACCAGACCCAGCACUAUGCUGCUUUCAUCUUGCAUGACCGACCUUCCCAGCUUGCUUGGGAUUUUCCCAGGUUUGGCACUGAAAGUCCCACUUCCAGGGAAACGCCUCAGUGCUGAGCCAGCAGAAACAACUGGUCACCUAUUCUUGCCACUCUUUGUAAACCAGAUCAACUGUGACCAUCCAACACGGCAUCUUAGGGAAAAAGGUUAUAACAACUAUUUACUCAAUACAGUUUUAUAUUUUUAUGAUAUUUUACUGAUUAACAAGAAAUGCAUCAUCCUUUAUUAGGAAAAAAAUAAACAAUAUUUUCCAUA